CCUAAUCAAAUAAAGAUUAAAAGCUGGAGGCCCAGCUAUAGCAGGUCAAUAUUGGUAAAGAUAUCAAAAUGCAAGGACACGUUGGUGAAUCGGAUAAUGGAAAACUGAUUCUAUAUAAGGCAUGGUUUUGUCCAUUUGCUGAGAGAGCUUUAAUUGCCUGCAAGGAAAAGAGUAUAGACUUUAUUGAAAAAGAAAUUGACCCUUAUAAGAAAACAGAAGAGUGGCUAAGCAUCAACCCCAAUGGAACUGUUCCAGCACUUACACAAAAUGGAAAGAACCUUUAUGAAUCCAGUAUAUGUGUUGAAUACAUCAAUGACUGCUACAAUAAUGAUGUCAAUCUUCUCCCUCUGGAUCCAUAUGACAGAGCAUAUGUUCGUCUUUGGGGCGAUAUCACUGGCAAAAAAAUUGUGCCAUUUUACUACAAAACCAUGAAGACUCCAGAAGAAGAUGAUAAGAAAAAGUCCAUAGAGGAUCUCCUUGCAGGGAUAGAGCUCUUCAGUAAGGAGACGCAAAAGAGAGAAGGGCCUUUCUUCAUGGGAAAUGUGUUUGGCUACGUUGACUUGAUGUUGUUUCCAUUUGUAUACAGAUGCAAUGCUGUACUUGGGAGAUACAGAGACUUCAAAGUACCAAAGGAAGAAAAAUACCAGGCUUACAACAGAUGGUACGAAGCAUGUCUAGAACAUGAAAGUGUGAAGUCUAUUCUGCAGGAUCAAGAAAAGCUCUUUGACGGCUAUAACAGCAAAUAUACAAAUCCUAGACUUUGAAUUAGCACAUAAACUACUAACUGGACACUCAGCCCUAUCAUAUAUGUAUAUGUAACGGAGGAUCUGAGGAUGAAUUCCAUCACAAAUUGGACCUCAGUUUAAGAACAAUUUCAGUUAAAAGCAGUAGUAAAUAUAUAGAUUUGAAAUUUACUGUACAUUUUAUAAUUAAGGGCUUAUAAACGCCACAAUAUAUGUGUUUUUAUUACAAAGGCAGGUACAACGUUAUUGCAAGCUUUUUGAGACAGCUCUUAAGUUCUAAUAAUUAUUUGACCACAAUUAAAACUAAUGAGUUUGUUUGGCCAAUAUGUUAUCUUCAAUAAGGGACAAUGAAAUGAAAAUAAAG